AUGGCGAGCGUGAAUGAUGUACUGUCCGUGAUGGAGAAGAAGCACGUAAAACAAGUCAACAUCAUCAAAUUCCAAAGAAAACAAGUCAACAUCAUACAACUCUCCAGGAAAGAAGUCAACAUCAUUCAAUUCUACGUGAAACAAGUCAACGUCAUACAACUCAACAUCAUACAACUCUUCAUCAAAGAAGUGCACAUCAUACAACUCUCUGUCAAUCAAGUCAACAUCAUACAAUUUUACGGAAAGCAAGUCAACAUCACAUACAAUUCUACAGAAAACAAGUCAACGUCGCAUACAAUUUCUCCAUUAAACAAGUCAACAUCAUACAACUCUAUGAAACAAGUGAUCAUCAUACAACUGUCCACCAAAGAAGUCAACACCAUUCAAUUCUACGUCAAACAAGUCAACUUCAUACAACUCAACAUCAUACAAGUCUCCAUCAAACAAGUCAACAUCAUACAACUGUCAACCAAAAAAGCCAACAUCAUAAAAUUCAACAUUAAACAAGUCAACAUCAUACAAUUCCGCAUCGAACAAAUCAACAUCAUACAACUCUGCAUCAAACAAGUCAACAUCUGA